ACCUCAAGGCAGCACAAAGGAAAGAGAAAAGUGUUAGGUGUGGUGGACCAGAACGCUUCUCCCUCAGACCAGGACAGGUACAACAGUGACAACCAGACAUUGACACUACAGGUGGAAGCUCUGCAGGCGCAGCUAGAGGAGCAGACACGACUGGCUAAAGACCAUGUGGACGGUCUUCUGGAGGACAGGAGAGUGAAGAUAGAAGAAUAUGAGGCCAGGAGACAGAGAGAUCAUGAUAAAAUACAGACUUUGCUGGAAAAAUUAACAAAAACCCAAGAUUUACUGUAUGACAGCACAAAAGACUUUCUAGAACUCCGUUAUGAAGGCAGAGCCAAUGAACGCCGCUGGAUGGCAGAGAAGGACCAGUUUCUUAGAGAGCUUGAUGUCUGCAAACAGCAGCUGAACAUCAGCAGGGACAAAGUGCUCAAUGUCUCGGAUGAGGCUUUGGAUGCCAAACAGAAGAGAGAGGUGGAGGUGGAGGCUCUGCAGUAUGACUUGGAGCAGGCAGUGAAGAUGUCAGAUAUGUACAGGGAGCAGGUGAUACAGCUAGAGGACGAGAGAGCAAGGAUACGAGAGGAAGGAGAUGUCAGCAAAGAUAUAUUUAAGGAGAGGACAGACAAGAUGAGCCGCAGACUACAGCUGAUGAAUGCCAGGUAUCAGGAGCUGGAGAAGAGGAGAAAUCUGGAGGUGGAAGGGUUUAAGAAUGAUAUCAAAAUGCUCAGAGCCAAACUGAAAGAGAUGGAAAAACAACUGUACAAGGUAACUGUUGGUCUUGGUGAGGGUCUAGAGGAGCAGCGACCAGAUGAUCUAGACUUGGUCAUUCUGAGGAAUGUCCGGCGGACGGCGGGCAGAUCCAAGAAACUGAUGGAUGAACUGAAGCAGUUGAAGAGUAAAGUAUAUGGAAUGGAAAAUGAUCUGAAGCAUCUGUAGCAGUGACAGAGGAUGCAGAAUAAAAGCUGGUUUCUUCAAAUAGUCCAUUAUGAGGGAGAUGUUUUAAAAACAUUGAAUGCUAAAGGGAAAUAUGACAGAUUUCUGCAGUUUGUGAAAAAUUUCAGGAGUUGAUUAAAUAUCUUACUGUAGACUGAGUUGGAAUGUAGAACUGCUUCAGAAGAAGUAGCAUGUAAAAUACUCAACUUUGCAUAUGGUGUAUUGAUUUGUGAAUUAUGUCUGUUAGUCAAAAUGUAGAAUAAGAAUUUGAUAACAUAGUUUGAUUGGAUUAUCACAGAAAAAAUUUUUUGAUAAUCUGUUUUAUGUGUUUUAAGGUAGAUUUAUCUGUAAUCCUAAGAAGAAAAUAAAUUCUUCUUGUAUUCAUUU